AUGACCUCAAGUUUGGGCCUUAGCACAAAGAAAGCACUCACAAUCCUGAGAGACCAGUUGUCAGCACUGCUGGAGGGGCAUCAGAAGGAGCGGAAAAAAGUGACUUCAUGGAAGGAGGUGUGGAGGAGCAGUUUUCUGUACCAUGGUAACCGUUGCUCCUGUUUCCACUGGCCUGGUGCAUCUCUGAUGCUUCUAGCAGUGCUGUUGCUGCUGUGCUGCUAUGGGAGCCAGCCACAGGGGAGCCAAGGGGCUGAGAUAGUUAAUGCACUGGCACUCUUCCUCCUUCUCCUCUUGGAUCUCUUCAUGAUCGGGCGUCAAGAGAGGCUGAAGUGCAGAGAGGUGGAGAGGAGACUUCAGACAAUCAUUGAUAAGAUAAAUGAUACGCUUGACAAAGAGGUGAAAUGGCCGGACUCCAUGUACCCUGACCUUCACAUGCCUUAUGCCCCAUCCUGGUCCCUUCAUUGGGCCUACAGGGAUGGUCAUCUUGUCAACCUGCCUGUGAGCUUGUUAGUGGAAGGAGAUGUCAUUGCUUUGAGGCCAGGCCAGGAGUCAUUUGCUUCUCUGAGAGGGAUUAAGGAUGAUGAGCACAUAGUUCUGGAGCCAGGAGAUCUGUUUCCACCGUUCUCACCUCCGCCCUCCCCAAGGGGGGAAGUGAAGAAGGGACCUCAGAACCCUCAGCUGUAUCGUCUCUUCCGUGUCUUGAAGACCCCAAUAAUUGAUAAUGUCAGGUGGUGUCUGGAAAUGGCUUUGUCACGUCCUGUGACAGCCUUGGAUAAUGAGAGAUUCACUGUACAGUCAGUGAUGCUGAAAUACGCUGUCCCCAUUGUACUGGCUGGCUUCCUGAUCACCAAUGCUGUGCGCUUCAUUUUCAAAGCUCCUGGAAUUGCUUCUUGGCAGUACACUCUUCUUCAGCUACAGGUGAAUGGUGUCCUACCCAUCCUUCCGUUACUCUUUCCUGUCCUGUGGAUUCUUGCUACGGCCUUUGGAGAAGCCAGAGUCUUGGCCCAGAUGAGCAAGGCCUCAUCCACCUCACUGCUUGCUAAGUUUUCAGAGGACACUCUCAGCAGCUACACAGAGAUGGUAUCUUCUCAGGAAAUGAUACGCUGUAUCUGGAGCCACUUCCUCUGUGUUUUGAAAGGCAAAUCCCCAACUCUGAGCUUCACUUCCAGCUUGCUCCAUAGUCUGGGAUCUGUCACUGUGCUCUGCUGUGUAGACAAGCAGGGGAUUCUUUCCUGGCCAAACCCCAGCCCAGAGACUGUUCUGUUCUUCAGUGGGAAGGUGGAACCACCUCAUGAUAGCCAUGAAGAUCUGACUGAUGAGCUCUCUACACGGUCCUUCUGCCAUCCUGAGAUGGAAGACGAGCCCCAUGAAAGAGAUGCUUUGCUCUCUGGCCCCCUGGCAGACACAGUCCACAUGACCAAUGAGCAGGAGAGGAACAACUGGUCUAGUGACCCUCCAAAGGCUCCCGAUGCCCAUGCCCACCGAAAGCCAAACAGCAGAAGCAAGCAUCCCUCUGGGUCCAAUGUGAGUUUUAGCAAGGACACAGAGGGUGGAGAGGAGGAACAUACUCAGGUUGUUGGUGACAGUGAGGUGUUGGCUUGUGAGGCUGAAGACUUUGUGUGUGACUACCACCUUGAGAUGCUUAGCCUGUCCCAAGACCAGCAGAACCCCUCCUGCAUCCAGUUUGAUGACUCUAACUGGCACAUGCACUUGAAUUCCCUCAAACCUCUGGGCCUGAACGUGCUGCUCAAUCUCUGCAAUGCCAGUGUGACAGAGCGUCUGUGCCGCUUCUCUGACCACCUCUGCAACAUUGCCCUUCAGGAAACUCACAACGCCGUGCUGCCUGUCCACGUGCCCUGGGGCCUUUGUGAGCUUGCCCGGCUAAUAGGUUUCACACCAGGCGCUAAAGAUCUUUUCAAGCAGGAGAACUAUUUGGCCUUGUACCGCUUGCCAAGUGAUGAGAUGGUUAAGGAAACAAUCCUGGGGAAGCUUUCAUCGAUCACCAAGAGGAGACCACCCCUGAGCCACAUGAUCAACCUUUUUGUGAAGGACACCACUACCAGCACUGAGCAGAUGUUUUCUCAUGGGACAGCUGACAUCAUCCUCGAGGCCUGCACAGACUUUUGGGACGGUACCGAUAUCUACCCCCUCUCUGGCUCUGACAGGAAGAAGGUGUUAGAUUUCUACCAGCGAGCCUGCCUCUCAGGAUACUGUUCUGCCUUUGCAUACAAGCCAAUGCAUUGUGCCUUGUCCUCUCAGCUGAACGGCAAGUGCAUAGAGCUAGUGCAGGUCCCUGGGCAGAGUGCUAUCUUCGCCUGCUGCGAUCUGCCUGGGACCACCCCCAUCAAACAGAGCAGUCGGAGGAAUAGCUGGAGCUCAGAUGAAGGGAUUGGGGAAGUGAUGGAGAAGGAAGACUGUAUCCAGGCUCUGAGCGGACAGAUCUUCAUGGGAAUGGUCUCAUCUCAGUAUCAGGCCCGCCUUGACAUUGUCCGCCUCAUUGAUGGAUUGGUCAAUGCCUGCAUUCGUUUUGUCUACUUCUCCCUGGAAGAUGAGCUCAAAAGCAAGGUGUUUGCCGAGAAGAUGGGUCUUGAGACUGGCUGGAAUUGCCACAUAUCUUUAACGCCUAAUGGUGAUGUGCCUGGCUCAGAGAUCCCUCCCUCUAGCCCCAGCCAUGCUGGCUCUCUGCACGAUGACCUACAUCAGGUUUCUCGAGAUGAUGUGGAGGGGCUUCUGCUGAUGGAAGAGGAAGGGCACUCAGAUCUCAUCAGCUUUCAGCCAACAGACAGCGAUAUCCCCAGCUUCCUGGAGGACUGUAAUCAGGCCAAACUCCCACGGGGGAUCCACCAGGUGAGACCUCACCUGCAGAACAUAGACAAUGUGCCUUUGCUGGUGCCACUCUUCACAGACUGCACCCCAGAGACCAUGUGCGAGAUGAUCAAGAUCAUGCAGGAGUACGGGGAGGUGACUUGCUGUCUGGGAAGCUCUGCCAACCUGCGGAACAGCUGCCUCUUCCUGCAAAGCGAUAUCAGCAUAGCACUGGACCCUCUCUACCCAUCUCGCUGCUCCUGGGAGACUUUUGGCUAUGCCACCAGCACCACCAUGACUCAUGUCUCUGAUGAGCUCACCCCACUGCAGCUCUCAGGGCAGCUCAACAGCCUGCCUUGCUCCAUGUCCUUCCGCCAAGAAGAGAGUACCAGCAUCAUCAGGCUUAUAGAGCAGGCCAGGCAUGCAACGUAUGGGAUCCGCAAGUGUUUCCUCUUCCUGCUGCAGUGCCAGCUGACCUUGGUUGUCAUUCAGUUCCUCUCCUGCCUGGUGCAGCUGCCCCCCAUCCUCAGUACCACAGACAUCGUGUGGCUCUCCUGUUUCUGCUACCCACUGCUCAGCAUCUCCCUCCUGGGCAAGCCUCCCCACAGCUCCAUCAUGACCAUGGCAACAGGAAAAAACUUGACUUCCAUUCCUAAGAAGACUCAGCACUACUUCCUCUUCUGCUUCUUGCUGAAAUUCAGCCUGACCAUCUGCUCCUGCAUCAUCUGCUUCGGGUUUACACUGCACGAGUCCUGCAAAGAGGUGAACACUACCAGCCUCAAUCUCACCGCCUGCUCCUCCAUCAUGCUGCACAGCAAUGCUGAUGGUGCUCCUGACUGGUUUGGGACAUUUUCCAAUGCUCUUCUUGUAGCCCAGAAGCUCUCAGCUGGCCUGAUCGUUUUACACACAGUGUUCAUAUCCAUCACCCACGUCCAUCGCACCAAGCCGUUGUGGAAGAAGAGCCCCCUCUCCAACCGGUGGUGGACGCUCACUGUGGCUGUUGUAUUGCUGGGGCAAGUGGCACAGACUGUGCUGGACCUGAAACUCUGGAAAAACCUCAAUUCUUCAUUGACCUUUAACCACGUUUCCAUCUCCCCGGUCUCAUGGCUCCUGGGUUUUCUUUCCUUGGUCCUUGUGGUUAUCAUCAAUGAGAUUGUCAAGCUGCAUGAAAUCAGGGUCCGGGUCCGUUACCAAAAGAGGCAGAAGUUGCAGUUUGAAACAAAGCUGGGGAUGAAUUCGCCAUUUUAA